AUGGCCCCCACGCCCCACCGCCGCUGCCCCAGCUCUCCCUGACAGACACGGCUCAGCUGGGUGCCCGGGGUGGGGACCCCCACCCCAACGGCUCCCCGGGAAAGGCCGGCCGGGUCCUGCCCCGUGUCCUCAGGUGAGCCAGGAGCCCGAGGGCGAUCUCGAAGCUGAGCAGCAUCCCCAGUCCAGGUUGGCAGAGGGGUAGACGCUGACUCUUCCCGGGAGAUGGACAGAGUCACCAGGCACCUGGUCUUCCAGCUCCCGCAGACCUCGCACAAGCACGACUACAGCGAUGCUCACCGCGCCAGCUCGUUCGCAGAGCAGAGGGCCGACAGCGACGACGAUGUGUUUGGCCCCGCUCAACACGGCAGCCAGAGGGUAGAAAAUGACUAUGGCUGGAAAACGAGGUCGAAGACACCCACGUGUUUCCCAGAUGGUGGAAGAGAUGUCUGGACCCCGUCCCCGGACAGGGAGUCCAAGCUGGAGGUGGUGAGGUCGGGAAGCCUGUACGACCUCAGGGCUUACCGAGGUGAGAGGAAACCCUCGAAGCUUUAUGAUGAGGAUGAGUCGGAACAGUACAGGGUCCCUCCACCGAACAUCUCCCCUGAGAAAGCCAGGGAGCUCGAGGAUGAGAGGAGAGAGAUCAUCCGGGACCAGGUGGUGAGGAAGAGCUCCACCAUGGCUGAGAAAUGGAGCUCCAUGGAUGAGCUGAGCUCCAUAAACACCAGCACGGGCAGCCUGGGUGAAGGCCGGCACACAGGCAGCUUCCCCAUUUGCUUUGACAAGUCUUCCUCGGGGAGGGCAGAGACGCCUGUUGACCCUGAAAACAUCAACACGGAGCAGAUCAACUUCUCCGCUGCUCGGCAGCAGUUCCUGAUGCUAGAGAAGACCAACCCGGGCUCUUUUUUCAGCCCAGGGCAACAGGCUGUGUCUCCAAAGCCAGAGUUGAUGACAAAAGCCUCUAGGCAAGAGUGGCAUAGUCCUGAGCUGCCCACGAAGUCUGCAAGAGGUUACGGUAACUCCAGUGCACCCAGACAGAGUAGGACGGACAAGACCAUUUAUCAGGUUUAUAGUGUAUCCUACAAGACACCUGUGAAGGAGGAGGCUUAUGCUCCCAGGAGGGCUGACACUGAAAGGUCGUACCCCAGCAGGAAGAUGUCCAGCUUGACUAAAGCAUCUUCCAGAGAGGACCUGGACUCCGGCUUGGGUGAGAUGUAUAAUGAAGCCAAUGCAGGCUACACGAGUGAUGGAAGUGCAUCCAAUGAGAUCUUCAAUGGCCUCGUGGAUCUGAAGGCUGUCAGCAACGGCCUGGACAAGGAGAAAAAGAUCAGCAACGAGACGCCCAUCGAGCGGGAGAUCCGCAUGGCGAUGGAGAGGGAGGAGAACCUCUGGAAGGAGAGGGGGAUCCAGCGGCUGAUCUCCAGCAGCGAGCUGGUGGAGAUCAGGACCAAGCCUCUCCUCUCCAUGGACGCCUCUCCCGGCCCAGGCAGGAAAGCGAAGGACAAAGGCCGAGCUUCCCUUUACGUCCAGAGGGAAAUCGAGCAGGAAACCAAGCGUGAGGAAGAUCUGAAAAAGCAAAGGAGGCUGCUGGGGAUGUAUGACAGGGGGACACAGCAGGAGCUGGAGGAGUGCAGGAGGGUGUUCGAGCAGGAGGAAGCCCCCCCACAGAAGCCCACCCCCACGAGGAAGGCAGACGAGCAGCGGAGCUGGGUUAAUGAGUUUGUGGCAGAGCAGCUCACGAGCCACGGACCCUGCCCCGCAGGAGACACCAGGGGUGGGAGAAGCCUUCCCAGCUACACAGCGAGCAUCACACACUCCCAGGCGUCCCAGCCACGCUUUGCUGCCAGCGAGAGGAGCCAGGACCAGCCCCUGGGGUCCCCGCGCGUUUCCGCCAGCGCCAGCAAAUGGGGGAGUGAGGAUUCCUGGGGAGGAAGGCUUCCCAGCUCCACCCCAAGCCCCGCCGGCACAGCUGUCCUGCCCAGGGAGUACUUCUCCUUCUCCUUCUGGAAGCCCAAGGUCUCCUUUGUGGACAACAUGGGGACGCAGAACCCGCUGAGGAGGGAGGAUGGCCGGGAGGAGCAGUACAAGCUGAGGACCUGGAAGCCCCAGACGUCAGCGCUGAUCGAGGAGGAGAUCCAGAGCGACUUGAAGAGGGAAGAGGAGCUGCAGGAGCAGCGGCGGCGGCGGCGGCUGGUGGACGGCUGCUCCCUGGUCAGCAGUGACGGCGUUCCCCAGGAGGGCACCCGCUCACGGCACAGCUCCGCUCUUUCUCUUGAAGCUGCUUCAGGUGUCAGCGGCAGCUACUCGGUGUCCGGGUCUCCCGUCUCUGCUCCUGCCUCGCAGCAGGCAGGGGUCCUGGGGCUGGUGUCGUCCUUCACCCCGCUGAGAGUGGCUGGCUCCUCCCAGGGCAGCACGGAGACCCUCACCCCCGACUCGGCGCGUUCCAGCCCCUUCGAAGAGCGGAGGAGGAGGGUGAAGGAGGAUGGAAAGUACGCAGGCAUUGAACCCAUUGACAAGAUCAACACAGAGGUUGUGGAAAGCACCAGAGUGAUCCGUCACAAGAGUGCCAUGGCCCAGCGCUGGGAGGCCGGGCAGUACGUCCAGGACAACGACUGAGGGAGCCCUUGAGGCCACCGGACUUCGCCGUUUACUUGCCCUGUUUGGGAUCAGCUGACACACGAUUGAAAUACCUGAUCAGUUCAGCUCCUGGUUAUCACAGGAAUCAGAGACUUGUACACUGCAAAUCACAUCCGUUUUUAAUAUAACAGAUGAUCCUUCCAAUGCAUUAGGUCUACUCAUUCGUUCCCCCUUCCCUUUGAGGUGAGGUAAUAGUUUUUUUUUCUUAUGAGGGGAAAAAUUGGAUCACUUUCUUUUAAUCACUUCUGCAAGGAGACAGCCAGAUGAAAUCAUACGGUAAUUUAACUUCUUUCUCAUCGGAAACUGUGUCCCUGUCUCACAAUAAAGCUAUUUUAUUUCUAAGUGGUUUUAGGUUUUUAGGUACCACACCAUCAGGCAUCACCUAGGAGGGUACCUCGGCUGACACGUAGGUCUGGAUCAGUACCGGCACCAAACGGAAAUCAGCGUUUCUGCUCCACUCGUGAUCUGCUGAGAUGCAGUAAUACAAUAUACAGAUGUAGAGAAA